AUGGCUGCCCGGCUAGCAGUUGCUGCGGCCGCGGUGGCGGUGGCGGUGGCGGCGGCGGCGGCGGCGGCGCUGCCGCUGCUGGCGGCCGGCGCCGCGUCCGACGACUGCUUCGAGAACUGCUUCAAGCACUGCGUCGGCAACGACAAGUCCAUGACCGAUUACUGCAACUACGCCUGCGGCAUGACGUGCGGCGGGCCCGACAACGGCGCGCUCCGCACCAUAAACUGCCAGCUCGCCUGCGUCAGGGACUCCUGCCGCCGUCUCCGCGCAGAUGGCAAUAAGGGCAUGGAGGCCUGCUACGGGCAGUGCUACGACGGCUGCGAGACCAAGGCCGGCCUGCCGAGGCCUCUCCGCGCCGGCGCCGGCGCUGUCGGGGCAGCGGUGCUGCCCGACCACCACUUCCACGAGAUGCAGGACGCCGUCCAGCCAACGUCGGAGCCGGACCCUGACGAUGCCAGCCGUCGAGCAAGGGCCCCCUUCCUCCCCUGAUCGUUGUCAUCGGAGGGCGGCGAUGCCCCUCCACCUACGCCGAAUGCCACAGUGACCACGAUAACAAAAAAAUUACCAUUUUAUGAGUAUUUAGUUUGAGUUUGUCUGUAAUUAUUUUAAAUUUAUUUGGAUUUUAUCCAAUGUAUCCUAUUUUGUGUUAUAAAUCUUGGUAAUAUUAUCCAUAAAGU